GAGCGGGAUUUUUGAAUACAUUGUAGUUUUGGAAUCAGUAAGAUAUUUUUGUCGUUUUGUGCUAAAACACAUCGUUUGUUUGUUAAAAAUUACAUUUGAAAGGUAUUCGCUUCAUAAUGAGAAGUUGAUCUACAAAUGGCUGUGACAUUUUUAUCCCCAAAUACAUGUGGUUUUGCUAGAAUUGCCGCGUUAGAAUUAGCAAGRGAGAUACCGAAAUCGAUUACAAGAGGAAAAGACGAAAGCAGCACCAAGUACCAGGCUCGAAUCAAGCAGGAGAUCUACGAGGGUUUUCAGAAUAGAUUCGACGAUUGUUCAGAGAAAUUCUCCAUUGAAGCUUUGCAGUUUCACAAAAGGUUACCUGGUUUGAGAAAUGCCAUCAAUAAGUGGAACUUUAGAAAAGCUGAUGAAAAGCAAAAGUACCUGGAGACAUUCUCUCACAAGAACUGGUUAACAAUGUCAACUAAUCGAAAAAGAGAACAUUCAUUUAUUGAUUGUAUAGGCUGUGCGAUUCGAUAUCCACACAUUCAAGCUUUCUUUAGUGUAAAGUCAUCUUUUUUGAAAGGAAAAGCAAAGCAAAGUAAUACAGUUCUAGCAGCUGUUGGAGAGGUCAACAGGAUCAGAGCACAAGAGCCGUCCCCUCCAAAGCCCACACACAAAAACAUAACAAAUGCUGCGAAAGCAAUCUAUGAUAAAGUGGCUCCACUGUUUGAAAAAACAURUAAAGCUGAUUUUGCUAAAAGUCUGUCAAAGAUUCCAGAGUUGGAUUUACAAUACAAAACAGCAAAUGAAAAAAGGGAAGACAGAAGGAAUCACUAUCGCACUGCUAAGGAAAAUGUAGAAGAACAAAUGGAGAAUACUGCUUGUUUGAGGUGCUACGGUGACGGGCAGUCACUGAAUGCAUGGCAGCGUCAUCGAAUGCCAUCAUCUUUUGAGUUGAAGAAAACUGCAAAGAAAAGAAAAGCAGAAAAUGAUGAAAAUCAAAAUCCUUCAAAGAAAAAAAAAAAAGGAUCACACAGGGAAAUUUGACACAAUGGUCUGGGACAAAGAAAAUUUAAAGAGUGAGAUUGAAGACCUACCAGAUGGCCAUAUAAUUGAUUACAGUGAAUUAGCAAGAAGAUUCAAUGUUUGUGACAGUUCUGGCAAGAUAGCCUUUAAAUGGAGGCCAAAUCGUGAAAGAAUAUUUAACUUCAGAAGGUGUGGACCUCUCUAGUUUGAAGAUGUGUGUAAACAAAGAUGACAAGAAUCAAGUUAUUAGGAGGAGAAAGAGAAAAGGCAAAGGUGGUGAAAUAAGUGUUCCCACAGAGAUUACAAGAAAAAAAUUAAAAGAGAAGCUAAGGGAUAAAAUAGAGUCUGGAGAAUACACUGUUGGUGAAUUGAUAGUCCCAUGCAAGUAUGAAAAACUAGUUCUCAACAAAGACCUCAAAACCGAGAAAAAAGAAUUCACAACAGAAGGAAGAAAGAUACCAUUGACAGAGAUAAGAAAGAAAAUGCUUCAAAAACAAGAACCAUAUUUAAGAAAAUUAACAGACCAGCAGUAUGAAGCCUUCACAGAAGAUCAGCUUAGGAGACGACUUAAAGAACUUCAUGAAUUGAAUGAUGAGGAAGAUUWGAGUAUGAAUGAAAUGAGAAGCAAAUUGAAGGAAAUGGAAAGAAAUAGAUGUUUGCUUGUUUGGAUGGACAAUUCCACAGUAGCUAACCAUGGCUAUUUAGUUUGUAUGAUAACCUGUCUCUAUGACCCAGCUGUAUUCUACACAGGCAAGGAGUACAAAAUCUUAACUGGUCAAAAUGUAAACAUCCAAAAAGUCAUUGAAAAGCCAGAACUGCAUUUCAUUGCACGAAGCGGUAGUUCAGACGAAGAACAGAUGUUAUACACUGACACAAGACUUCAGUGCAUCCAAGAACUUGAUAUAAAUAUUUCAAUAAACUCUGUUCCAUACAAUGAUGUCAUGAGAUUUUGCCAUGGAGAUAGUCCACAAAGAGCCUGUGAGGCAGGUCAACAAAAGGGUGGCCAUUAUUUCUGUGCCACAUGUGGUAUUCAUGCAGUCAUGGUACAAGAUAUAGACCAUGCCCUCAGCUGCAAGGUUGAAUCACUACAAACAAAGAAGGAUGUUAUUAUGCAGGGAGCUGUUGGAAGACGAAAGUCCUUACUCUUCAAGGUGAAACCCCUCAAAGAUCUCAGCAAAGCAGAAAUUGGAGAGGAAUUAGGUUCACGAGGUAACUUUGAAGACGGGAACAAAAAAGAUCUGCAAGAAAUGCUAGAUGAAGCAUUGCGUGGCAAGCAAAGAGUUCCUGCGCUGGUGUUCAAGACACCAGAAUCCUCCUUUGAUUCCCUGUGCCUUGGUGAAUUUGAAAUUUUACCAUGUGAACCACUGCAUGAUAUUGGCCACCACAUAGAAAAUAUCCUGACAGAAUUACCUUGCCAUUUAUCAGAGGCUGAGUCCCAAGUAAUCAAUUCAAUGAGUGCGUAGAGUUAACCCUUGGAAACAAGGACAGUAAGAGAACGAUUGACUAUAGGAUUGCUCUAGUAAAGACAGCUGCUAUGGCUCAUCAAUCUAACAUCAUGUCAACAAAAGCACUAGCCUUGAUUGACACUUUGGUACAAAUGCAAGAAAUAUGAYAUUCUUCAGAAGAUAAACGUUCUCCAGCCCUCAUUCUUCGCUACCUUAACCAGGCCUGGUACCACUGUAUUCURCUAAAGAGAAUAAUCAAGAAGCCAAAAAAGCUUACAAUGCGCAAGCUGUUUGGUGUGUACUACCAUAAUUUGUCUGCACAUGCUUGUCUUAUGCUGCGCCUUAUCUCUGGUCUAGCAAGUAAUGCUGAGGAUCAAGAAAGGACAUUUAACACCAUCAAGCGCAUUACCAAGCAGACCAGCAACUACCACCCUGGACAAAUUAUUCCUAAUUUGCUGAUCCGUUUGCAAACUGAAAAGGAGCUUGAGCUACAUGAUGAUGAUGUUGCCAGACAGCAAUCCCAAAUAAGUAAGCUCUACAAAUCCUUACCACCAGCAUCCAACACAUGUUUUCCCAAAGCCAUCAUCAUCAAGCACCACAGAGAAUGGAAAGCACAUCUUCAGCAAAUUAGUGAUUUUUUGCUCGAAGAAGAGGGGGUAUGGUGGGGCCAGAAUGAAGAUUACGUCGAGUUCUAUGAUGUUACCAAUCAACCUUCCCCAAUAGAAGCUGGUCCUCAACUUCAUCACUUUCGCUCAAGCUCUCUUGAACAUGAGGCCUCUUUGCUUGAGGGUUGUUGGAAAGAAUGCAUCAGAAGGAAUACUGUCAUACCAACCAAUAUCAUUCGUAUUGAUGAACAUGAUGGCACAACAACUAAACUCAACACCAACUUCCUUAACCUUGAUAUUGAUAAAGAAAUUGAAUCUCUGCCACCUACAAACRUUUCAGAAACUACUAACAACAGCUUCAUAGAUACACACAAAAAUAGACAGAACCAGGAAACACAAGAGUGUAUAUCUGCACAGCCAACACAAGAUGAAGUAGAGGUCAUUGAAGAAGAAGUUGUCCUAGAUAUCUAUCCCAAACACGAUGAAAUCAUCAGCUUUGAAGACAACAUUUCACUAUCACCACCGAAUGAAAACAGUGAAUGCCCAAGCAACUCUGUUUCAAAGCAGGCAAAACACAGCUCUCCACAUCACACAACUAAAUCCACAGGCAGUAAACUAAAUGAGCAAGAAGUGAUAGAUCCUACACAAUGUAAUAUUGCAAUACUGAAGACAACCCUUGGAAAAGCACUUAAAGUUGUAAUUGGUCACACUAAAGAAGUACAAAGUUUAGACAACCAACAUUACAAGCUGAAACAAAUGACCAAACAAAACAAACACGAGAGAGACACACAUUUGGAACAGAGAUAUAAAGCAGAUCUCGCAAACAUGCAAGUUAAGGUUUUAAAAGAAAAGUCGAUAGCAGAAAAAAAGCUAAAAGCAUGGGAGAAAGAAUAUGUCAUGAAUCAUGAUCUCAUAGCUCCAUCACUUGAGGACAUGAAAAGGGACAGUGGAAGCUCUUUCUUUUUAAAGAAAAUAAAGCAUGCCAAUGCCUUGUUGAUCAAUUGGAAAAUUACUUUUUAAGAAAUAUGACUAUUAUGUUAAAAUACCUUGAUUUAACUGCUCAAAUCUUGUAAAUAGAUGAAAACAGUCAAAUUGACAUGUACAUAAGAUAUAGACAUCACACUCAAAUAAGGCCUCAACUUAAUUUUUUUGAUAUGCAGAAAACUAGAGACUUAGAAAUUACUCUUGUAAAUAAUUGUAAAUAGAUAACUAUUGGAGAACAGUCAGAUGGACAUGUAAAUAAGAUAUGGAAUCAAAUAAGGCUUUAACUUUAUGUUCUUUUAGUAUGCAAGGCACAUUAAAAAAUUUAAUCUUAACCGGUUUUAAGAUUAAAAAUACAUUAACGAAAUAGAAUAAAAAUCUUACCUUUAAAGCUUGGCAUUAGUUGAUGAAACUUCGGCAUCCUUAUACUGGACAAUUUCCAUACAUUAAGUACAAGCAAAGAUAAACUUCGCUAGUUUAAUGUUUAUGUAUGUUUAUGUUUAGUUUAUGUCUGUAAGCUACGGCAUUCAUAUUGGGUAAUGUUCAUCUUCGAAGAUACUUCGAAAUAAACGUAAAAGAAAUCCUUCCCAAGCAAUUCAAGAUGGCUUAUGAUAGUCUUAUGAACAAGUCGAUUUCCCAUUUAACUACAAAAAGAUACCGUGUAACGACCAUUUUGAAAGUUGAAAUAUAAAAAGAUCGAGUCCCUUCUUCAACGGCCAUUUAAAAUCCAAUUCGCAUGCGUUGUCAGGGAAACCUAGCGCCCAGUCCUCUUAGGUCGCAAACUUCGCGGGGGUCUAAAUUUCGUUCGAUAGCCAUGCCUUAGACAUACUGAGCAGAUUCUUUAGGGAGGAAAACUGGUUUCUCUAGUUCUGUGUCAUCAUCAUCCUCAUAGUCAUGAUCAGUGUUAUCUGAUACAUUGAGCAUACUACUGGCUAAUGCUAAAGCUGUUCUGGCAACUGUUCCAUGUACAGUCAAGGCAGUUUGUAAUUCAUCGGUACUGUAAUCUGGAAACAUCUCUUGCAGCUGUUCAAGCUGCUCGAUAUCUAUUAAGACAGUCGAUAAACUAGGAGCAGGUUCAGCAGUGAUUGAAGUUUUAAAUGGCCCAGGAUGAGAAUCAAUUACAAUUGGCCUUUUUAGUGUUCCAGGGCUGGGGAGGAUAUUAAGAAAAUACUUUAAAGAUGACCUUUUUAUUUAUGACUUGCAAUUAUUGGUCUAACUAGAACUGUUGUAUUUUUGAAAUCAAUUUUUGAAAGGUUGCAUUUUACGAUCAGCAUGUAUAAAAAUGAAACACGAAUUUUGGAAAUAACGCCAUACGUUUCUAUCCUACGCUGUUAAUAUUCUCUUGGUUUUUUCGUAUACGAUGGACUCUCCCCUAAAGAUGACUGUGUAGGUCAAAAGCUUUGCAAAACAAAAAAAAAACAAAACAAACAAA